UACUUUCCCCAGCAACCCCAACGCUCAGCACAAGCUGGCUUCUUUCUCUUCGAGAGUGUUUCCCAUUUAAACAAACACAGUGCUGAAGAUGGCGGAGAGUUAAUAGGGAAAGGAAGAAGCUAUUGGUGCGCUCACAGAGAUAUAUCUAUUUGGAUGUGAAGUUCAAUGACGUUGGAUUUCAUAAUUUAUACUCUGCUGAAGAGGUGCUGAUAUGUGUACACGAUGAGCGGACUGGGGGACAACUCCAUGGAGCCUCUGAGCUCGGAAAACCGAAAACGCAAGCUCUCCACCUGCGACACGCCCGGUCUGGGGUGUGAGCGGAGACGGCGGGAGCAGGAGACUAAAUACAUUGAGGAGCUGGCCGAAUUGAUCUCUGCCAACCUCGGUGACAUUGACAGCUUCAACGUCAAGCCAGACAAGUGUGCCAUCCUCAAGGAGACGGUGCGCCAGAUCAGACAGAUAAAAGAGCAGGGCAAAGCGUCCUCCAAUGAUGACGAUGUACAGAAGUCGGACGUGUCCUCCACGGGACAGGGGGUCAUAGACAAAGACCACCUCGGGCCGCUUCUGCUUCAGGCCCUGGAUGGUUUUCUGUUUGUGGUGAACCGGGAGGGCAGCAUAGUGUUUGUGUCUGACAACGUGACCCAGUACCUGCAGUACAAACAGGAGGAGCUCAUCAACACUUCCGUCUACAACAUCCUCCAUGAGGAUGACAGGGAGGAGUUCCACAAGAACCUGCCCAAGACCAAUGUUAAUGGGGUGUCCUGGGGUGGGGAGGCGCCACGUCAGAAGAGCCACACCUUCACCUGUCGCAUGCUGGUCAAGUUUGGCCACACCCACGGACCUGUGGAGGAGGGUUCAGGAGGGCCGCGCUACGAGACCAUGCAAUGCUUCGCCUUGACCCAGCCCAAGGCCAUGAUCGAAGAGGGGGAAGACCUGCAGUCGUGUAUGAUCUGUGUGGCCCGUCGUGUGACUGCUGUAGAGAGAACAGAGAGCUUCAACACCCGGCACGAGCUCUCAGGUAAGCUGAUCCAGAUAGACCAGAACUCGCUGCGUGCGUCAAUGCGUCCUGGCUGGGAGGAUCUGCUGAGGCGCUGUAUCCAGAUGUUCCUACAGCACAGUGACGGACAACCCUGGUCCCACAAACGCCAUUAUCACGAGGCUUUCCUACAGGGUCACGCUGAGACCCCCCUGUACCGUUUUUCUCUCUCGGACGGCACCCCUGUCACGGCCCAGACCAAGAGUAAGCUGUAUCGCCACCCCAUGAGCAACGAGGCCCAGGGCUUCAUAUCCACCCACCUGCUACAGAGGGAGCAGCAUGGCUAUCGCUCUGCCCAGGGCGGGGGCAUGAUGCCAGGGCCUAUGAGGCAGCAGGGCAUGGGGGGCCCCAACCCCAACGCCCAGAUGAACAUGCCCCCUGGUGGAGGUAUGGGGGGUAUGAACCGGGGCUACGGGCCCAUGAACGAACAGAGCCACAUGGGACAGAUGGGAGGGGGUUCAAUGUACGGAGGGAAUGGAGGUGCUGGUGGCGGCAGGGGAGGCAUGGGCAACAGAAUGAUGCAGAUGAAUCAGAUGAACCAGAUGGGCCAGAUGAACCAAAUGAAUCAGAUGGGUCAUCAGAUGAACCACACAGGUCCAGGGAACCACCCUGGCAUGCAGCAACAUCAGCACCCCCAGCAGCAUCAUCAGCAGCCCCCCUUCCAGAGCAGUGGAGGGUACGGACUGGGGGGUAUGAACAGCCCCUUGGGGAGUCCCCGGAUGAUUGGCCCCCAGCAGGGGCUCCUGAUGUCCCCCCGAAACCGAGGCAGCCCCAAGAUGGGUGCCAGUCAGUACUCACCUGGAGACAUGCACUCCCCCAUGGGCCCUCAUGGAGGAGGAGGAGGAGGAGGUAGCACCUCUUUCUCCAGCAGCUCCCUCAACGCCCUGCAGGCCAUCAGCGAGGGGGUCGGGAGCUCCCUCCCCUCCACCCUCACCUCCCCCUCCCCGGCCAACAAACCAGACAGCUCCCCCAGCGUCCACUCCUCCUCUCAGUCCACCCAGCCCAGUCACCCUGCCAAAUCCGGCCCGGAUGACUCCAAAAGCCCAACAGGAGGCCUGGGUCCUGCGCCCAGCGUGCACCCACUCCACCAACACCAUCACCACCACCCACACCACCAGUCCGAGAGCUCCGGAGACAGGUUGGACAGCCAGGCCCCGGCAGACAGCAAGGAGCCGAGAGAGGGGGCCAUCGAGGCUGGGGUGAGCUCAGAACCCACCCGGAGAGUCCCAGACGGUAAGGGCCAUAAGAAGCUGCUGCAGCUGCUGACCUCCCCCACUGAGGAGCUGGGGUUAGGGGGAACUGGCUCCGCCUUGCCCUCUAUACCUCCCCCACCAGGCAGCAGCAACACCCCAGCAGGGUCCGACACUAAGGACCCCACAGGAAGCAUUUCCAGCCCUUCCUCUACUGGAGUAUCCUCCUCUUCCUCAGCCUCCACCAAUCAGGGCCAGGCGUCGGGCACGGCUCUGGCCAAUGCUCUGGCCUCUGCCCACUACACGGCGUCGCUGCAGGAGAAGCACAAGAUCCUCCACAAGCUGCUGCAGAACAGCAACACACCCGAUGAGGUGGCCAAGAUCACAGCCGAGGCCACUGGCAAGAUGACCCUGGGUGGCCAGGAAGUCCCAGGGGAGGUGGGGGCUGGAGGAGCAGGAGGAGUGACAGAGCCUAAGCAAGAGCAGCACAGCCCCAAGAAGGAGAAGACCCACGCGCUCCUCCACUACCUCCUCAACAAGGAUGAUACUAAAGAGCCAGUGGAUGUGAAACCCAAGCCUGAGGAGCUGGAAGGAAAGGGGCCCCCAGGAGCCACUGCCGGCCCCCCACCCAGAGGCCCUGGCCCUGGACCCGGCCCAACAGCUGAACAUCCAGAGAGCAAGAUCAAGUCAGAGCCGCCUGAUGAGUUGGACAACCUGGAGUCCAUCCUGGGAGGUUUGAGGGGUUCUGGCUCUGAGUUCUACUCCGAGCAGGGAGGAGGAGGUGGGAACAAGGCCCAGGGUUGCCUCGACGAGAACCUGCAAGGGAGUUCGGGGAUGGCCCCUGGCCCACGAGGGCCCUUCCAGAGGGCCAUGUCAGCAGACGCCAAGACUGGAGUGGUGGGGAGGCGCCCCAUGCUCAUCAAACAAGAGAACAUGAUGGGAAGCCCAGAAGGAUACCCAGGGAACAUGGGUGUUUGUCCGCGAGGCGUUGGAACAAGGCCGAUGAACAGGGGCAUGGGGGUUUCUCAGCGCUCUCCCAUGGGGGGGUCAGGGGAUUGGGGGAUGCCCCGCUCCUGCGCCAGCCCCGUGGGCUCAGCCGGUCACCCCUCCAUGAGCCGUCCUGGCAUGGACUACAACUCCAAAGGCAUGAUGGGAGGGCCCAUGGUUGGAAGGUCCAACAGUGUUCCUGGCACCAGAUCCAUGCUGCAGCAACAGCUAAUGGACAUGGGAGGUUCUGGUGAGAUGGGGAUGAGUCCGUUCGGUCAGCAGGUCCAGCCCAACCAGUCUCCGUCCUGGUCUGACAGUGUGAUGGGUAUGGAGGGAAACCACAUCAGGCGUCAGUUUGGAAACGCCCUGGAUGAGCUCCUGGCUCCGCCCACCACCAGCGAGGGCCAGAGUGAUGAGCGGGCGCUGCUGGACCAGCUGGACUCUCUGCUCAACAACACGGACGGCAUCGCACUGGAGGAGAUCGACCGGGCCCUGGGCAUCCCUGACUUGGUCAGCCAGGGCCAGGGGCCAGAGCAGCAUGGUGAGCCCUUCCCCGGCCAGGAUCCUUCCAUAGUGCUGGAGCAGAAGCCUCUGUACGGCCAGGGCUACCCCGGACCCCCCUCAAUGGCCAUGCAGUCAGCCUACGGGGGGAGCCCUAUGCAGGGCCAGCCCCAACAGGGGGGCUUCGGCCCCAUGCUCUCCCAGAUGGGCCCAGGGGGCAGCUUCCCAGGGAUGGGAGGCAUGGGGGGUAUGGGUCACCCCCGUGCUAACAUGAUGAGACCCAGGAUGAUGAGCGCCACAAAACCCAUGAGGCUCCAGCUGGCGCAGAGACUACAGGGCCAACAGUUUAUGAGUCAGACUCGACAGGGGAUGGCCAUGAAGAUGGAGAACCCUGGAGCAGGCAACCCUGGCUUGAGGCCGGGUAUGCAGCCUAGCAUGGGAGGACAGCCUGGCUUCCUGAAUGCCCAGAUGAUGGCCCAGCGUAGCAGGGAGAUGGUGACCAUGCAGAUGAGGAGACAGAGGAUGAUGAUGCUAAUGCAACAGCAACAGCAGCAGGCGGCAGCAGUGGCUGCCGCAGGGGGGUUCAGCCCCCCUCCCAACGUCACCGCCCCCGCCGGCAUGGACACCCCUAUGGGAGGCCCCAACCUGGGCCCCCAGCAGUUUGGCUACGGGGGAAACUACGGUAUGGCCCAGCAGGGUGACCCGUCGUUUGGCCCUGCGGGCAGCAGUCCCCCCAGCACCAUGAUGUCAGGCCGCCUGGGUCCUCAGAAUCCCAUGAUGCAACAGCAUCCCCAGGGCGGACCCAUGUACCAGAGCACUGACAUGAAGGGCUGGUCGCAGGGAGGCAUGGCCCGUAACAGCUCGUACCCCCAGCAGCAGUUUUCCCAACAGGGCAACCCGGGGCAGCAGCAGUUUGUCCAAACGGGCAACCCAGGACAGUACGGGGGCAUGAUGAUGAAUGGGGGCAUGCCUUCCAAUGGAGGGGGGGGCCAUAUGGGGCAGAUGGGGAUGAACCCCAUGGUGAUGGGACGUAUGCCGAUGGGGCCUGAUCAGAAAUAUUGCUGAACCUGAGACAGACAAGUGUGGUGGAACAGAACAGACUCACUGUGAUCCUUUCAUAGAGAUGCGUGCAGUGGUGUGUGUGUGUGUGUGUGUGUGUGUGUGUGUGUGUGUGUGUGUGUGUGUGUGUGUGUGUGUGUGUGUGUGUGUGUGUGUGUGUGUGUGUGUGUGUGUGUGUGUGUGUGUGUGUGUGUGUGUGUGUGUGUGUGGUACUCUACUCCCACCAGUUGGGGGUGCUGCUCUCUGGACUCGAGGCAAGUGUUGGCAGUCUCACAGCUGGAGGAAAAUAGACGGAGGGCACACUAUUCUACUCUCACUUCUUGUACAUGAGACAUGCUAUGACACACACCAACACACACACCCCAAAACAUCCAUGUAUCUAAAGACACACUGUGACACACAAACACACACACACAUACUGACGGAUCGAAAUUAGAAGACAUCCUCUCUCUCGUGGGAUGUGACUACCAUCAUGCCAAGUUCACCCCUGGCCGUGGGAAAUCUCUCUCUGCUUUGGAACGCUAUGAGAGAAGACAGUGUUUCCUAGUUCUGGUCCUGGAGGACCACUGUGUAUGCAGACCAUACAUCCCAUCCAGUCUCUGAAUCCACACUUAAUGAAUGAUAUAUAUAGUCCAUUGUUGGAGAAGGUGGGAGUUGAUUGUAAUCACUGAUACAUGGUCAGCUAUUUUCACAUCCUCCUAAUGAUUAAGAUUAGGGAACCCUGAUCCUAGAUCUGUGGUUAGGGGCAACUUCUACCUCUAUAAGCUAUAUUACUAUACUGAUGAGAAGACAUGUAGUCAAUAGCAUAUAGUCAAUUCAGAAGUACAACACCAGUCACAAGUUUGGACACAUCUACUCAUUCCAGGGUUUUUCUUUAUUUAACACUAUUUUCUGCAUUGUAGAACAAUAGUGAAGACAUCAAAACUAUGAAAUAACACAUAUUGAAUCAUGGAGUAACCAAAAAAAGUGUUAAACAAAUCAAAUUGUAUUUUCUAUUUGAGAUUCUUCAAAUUAGCAACCCUUUGAGUUGAUGACAGCUUUGCACACUAUUUGCAUUCUCUCAACCAGCUUCAUGAUGUAGUCACCUGGAAUGCAUUUCAAUUAAUAGGUGUGCUUUGUUAAAGUCCAUUUGUGAACUUUCUUUCCUUCUUAAUGCAUUUGAACCAAUCAGUUGUGUUGUGACAAGGUAGAGGGGGUAUACAGAAGAUAUUCCUAUUUGGUAAAAGACCAAGUCCAUAUUAUGUUAAAAUAAGCAAAGAGAAAAGACUGUCCAUCAUUACUUUUAUGAUUUAACCUUUAGGUCAGACAGGAAAGGAAGAUCCAGACUUACCUCUGCUGCAGAGGACAAGUUCAUUAGUGUUACCAGCCUCAGAUAUUGCAGCCCAAAUAAAUGCUUCACAGAGUUCAAGUAACAGACACAUCUCAACAUCAACUGUUCAGAGGAGACAGCAUAAAUCAGGUGUUCAUGGUCGAAUUUCUGCAAAGAAACCACUACUAAAGGAUACCAAUAAAAAUAAGAGACUUGCUUGGGCCAAUAAACACGAGCAAUGGACAUUAGACCGGUGGAAAUCUGUCCUUUGGUCUGAUGAGUCCAAAGGAGGAGGUGUGAUGGUGUGGGGUGCUUUGCUGGUGAUACUGUCAGUGAUUUAUUUAGAAUUCAAGGUACACUUAACCAACAUGGCUACCACAGCAUUCUGCAGCGAUACGUCAUCCCAUCUGAUUUGCGCUUAGUGGGACUAUCAUCUAUUUUUCAACAGGACGGCUACCCAACACACCUCCAGGCUGUGUAAGGGCUAUUUGACCAAGAAGGAGAGGGAUUGAGUGCUGCAUCAGAUGACCUGGCCUCCACAGUCACCCGACCUCAACCCAAUUGAGAUGGCUUGGGAUGAGUUGGACCACAGAGUGAAAGAAAAGCAGCCUACAAGUGCUCAGCAUAUGUGGAAAUUCCUACAAGAUUGUUGGAAAAGCAUUCCAGGUUGGUGAAGCUGGUUGAGAGAAUGCCAAGAGUGUGCAAAGCUGUCAUCAAGGAAAAGGGUGUCUACUUUGAAGAAUCUAAAAUAUACUUUGAUUUGUUUAACACUUUUUUGGUUACUACAUGAUUCCAUAUGAGUUAUUUCACUGUUAUUCUACAAAAUAGAAAAUAGUAAAAAUAAAGAAAACCCCUGGAAUGAGUAGGUGUGUCCAAACUUUUGUCUGGUGCUGUAAGUAAUUAAGAGGCAGCAUACAUACACAGUGGACCUGCAGGAGACUGGGUUAAGGUACGACAGAAAUUAAUUCUAGUUGGCUGUGAUUGCACUUUACGGAAAGGCUGUCGUCAAAAUGAUUGUGGCAAUAUUUAUUGGUCAUAGAGGCCUUUAUCCAAGAAUUAAUGCAUAACAGCAAAUCUUGUUAAGUUUUUAUUUUAUUUUUGUGUUUGUCAGAGGAUGGAGACUAUUAUGAUUAGAAAUGGAUUACUGUGACGAUCAUUAUUCUAAAUGGUUAACCAAUGGAAAGGCAGUAAGCACAGAUUUUGUAGAACACUUUCUUCUGCAGUGUGUUGAUUAUGGGGAUGUUAGUGGAUGAAAAAUGUUCAGAUUAUUAAAGUAGAUCCUUAAAAUGUACUGACCUAUUUCAGAGUGCACAGUUACCCUCAUAUUUAUACAUCUAUUCAUGAAUGUAAAUAAGCAUUUUAAAAACGAAUGUGUAUAUUGUAUUUUUAAGGAGGAAUUUGUAAGAUUUACAUCUUGGUUACCUCAUGGAACACUGAAUAGAGAUUUGUUGCCAGUUAAUGAAUGAGUUGAUUCCUAAAGUAAUCCACACACUGUGAAAGAAAGGGUUUCCCCCAAUUUUAGUGUAUGUUUAUGCAGAUUUCUAGCAAUAAUCAUUCCUCUUGGUUCUCCUGUGAGGGCAAAGUGAAGUACCAUUUACUCAAAGCGAUGGUACUGCAGUAUUAGGAUGUGACUCGUCUCGUUUGGAAUUUUUGCUUUUGUCUGUGAAUACAAAUGUAAAUACGCUUCAAAUGUAUUAUAUAUAUAUAUAUAAAUAUAUGCUUUUGUAGGUCACAUACUGGUUUUGCAGAGAUUGUAAGGCUUGAUAUUUAAAGUAUAAUUUUAUUAUUCUGUCGUAGGUCAAAAUAACUUUUAUUUUCAAUACAAAAGGAAGGGGGUCUUUCUUUGAUCAAAACUGAAAAACUUUGGUUCAGUUUGCCUCAGAAAGCUACAACUGCAUCUUUUGUUCUUUCAGAAGCACUUUUUAAAAUGUGUGAUCUAUAAAUCAUAUAUUUCUCUUUUUCAAAGGCAUUUGCAUAGAUUUAGAGGUGCUUGUGUGAUCCUGUCAUUUUAUAUCAAUAGAUGUUUAAUUCAAAAGAGCAAACAAACACACACGAUGCCUAAAAUAGGUGACAUGUGAUUGUGUUAGACUUAGGGGGGUCCAUGUUUCUUACCAGUGUGUGGAUUGAUAUUUUUAGAUAGGGCCCUAUGAGUUCAAUGGCUCUAGUUCCAUUCCUUAUAAUUCCAUACUCUGUUAUUGGCUAGGCUACUUAGCAGCAACUAUGUGCUCACAGAUAGGCUAUUAAAGACCACCCAAAGCCAUUGCAAUAUCAAUACUGCUUUUCUUCCCUUCGAUUGGGCACAGAUGCUGGGUUGUGGUGGUCAGUUUUACUGUAUGUAGGUUUUUGUGUUACGGUCUUCAACACUGCGGUUGGUUCUAUUUGUGGCUUUACUUUUUGAAGUCAGCUCAUAUUUAGGGAGGCUGUCGGGCUACACUAGAUGGUGAUUUGGAUUCCCUCCCUCUCUCUGUCUGAUCCUUGAAGGUUAUUUGGGGACAUUUUACAUGAUUUUAUGUUGAACCUUGAUUUUUCCUUGAUUUUGUAACAUUUUCUGUGAAGCUUUGUGAGAAAUCUUUUUAAGAUGUGCUCAAUCCAAAGAUUUGUGUUUUGUCAUUCUGCAGUGCUUAGAACCCGGUCCUAGAUGGUGCAAGUAAGCUAUUCAUGUGUGCAUUUCUCGGCUGCACAGCCUACAUAGAAUAUGUUUGAAUUUAUGUAUUCCCAUUCCUACAAAACAGAGUUAACAUGGGUCUGGUUCUGCUGAAGUGAUUUUAAUCUGGUUUGUGAUUGUUGUUUUUUUGUUUCUUUGUUUUAUAUCUUAAAAUCUAUGGCCAGUUCUAAGUUGUGGUGCUGGAAACGGUUAUUUCAUGAGAUUGACCACUCAGAGAAGAAGCUCUUUAGUGGCACUAACCUAACCUGUGUGGUGAUACAAAACUAUCCCAUGGACUCUGAAGAUCUAUCUUUUAACACAAUGGAGAAUGUCUUCAAGCUGUUUUUUGGAAACAUCUUGGAAUAGCCUAGAGUGAAUUUUCAGUCUUGAUGAAGUAUAUUGAAAAAGAUUGAUCUACCGAAUAUUCAAAAGAACUAUGUUCCUUGCUUUUGCUUUAAAAAAAGUAUCCCUCUCGAUUUAUCCUUUGAUUUAAAUGAAAAGAGAGGGGAAGAAAAUAUAAAAUGCUUGGGAAAAUAUACAGUCAUAAUUUCAGGAUGUAAAUUACUGUUGCAUUUUUUCUUACUUGUUUCUUGAUGUUAAUAUUGAUGUAAAUACAAAUUUCUAUUUAAACAUUA